UAUCACAUGACUCAGUCUCUGAUCUGGCCACUUCAACUCCGACAGUUUGGAUAUAAAUUUAUUUACCCUGGAAGUGAUCCUCCACAACAAAUCAACUACUUCAACCACCACAACAAAUGAAAUAACCUAUCUAGCCUUUACUCCUUUCCGCUGCUUAUCAUAUAAUUAUCUCCUACACAAUGGCGGCUCCUGGUCAGCCAACCCCCCAGCAAAUUGCUGCCAUGCAACAGCACCUUGCAACCGAAGCUGCAAAGCGAGGAAUGACCCCAGAGGAAUUUAGCAAUAUGCAACGACAACAGCUUGCCGCAGACGCUGCGAAACAGGGUCUUACACCGGAGCAAUACAUAGCCCAGUUGAAAGCCAGGGCUAUUCAACAACAUCAACAGCAACAGCAACAACAGCAGCAAGCCAAACAUGCGCAUGAACACGGAGGACAACACCCGCAACACGUCCCUAUGAAUUCCAACGCACCACCUGACCCCCGCGCGAUUGCAGUCGCCCAAUUUCUCAAAUCGCAGGAUUUGAAACCGAGAACUUGCAUUUUGGAUGGGCGCAGAAGAGAGCUGUUCAAAGUCAAGCGAGCUAUACGAGCUAUACAGUCGCCCGCAUACACCAAAGCCCAAGCGAAACCCAAGUCUCUCCUUCCUCCCGUGACCGAUUGGGCUUCCGCCGAAAACGCCUUCAAGCUCCUCCCACUCUCCCUCCUUGCCCUACGAGUAUCUAAGAUUGACCCCCAUGCCGGACAUAACCACGCGAAACCAAAGAGUCGCGUGAAGGGCCUUUGGACCGUAAAGGUCGAGCAGCACCAGGAGACAGAUCCCAUGAUGCAUUAUGUAUGGCUAUACGAGGGCCCGCAGUGGAAGCAAAAGGCAAUGGCUGCAGGUGUCUUGGUCGCAAUCAUGGCAGUUGUGAUGUUCCCGCUGUGGCCUAUUAUGUUGAGACAGGGUGUUUGGUACCUGAGUGUCGGCGUCAUGGGCUUGCUGGGCCUAUUUUUCGCCAUGUCGAUAUUCCGGCUCAUCUUAUUCUGCGUUACGUACUUUGCUGUUCCACCGGGCCUGUGGCUGUACCCCAAUCUGUUUGAAGAUGUGGGAUUCUUUGAUAGCUUCAGACCUGUCUGGGGUUGGCAAGAGACCAAGAAAAAGAAGAAGUCCAAAAAGACCGACACAGGCACAGGCACAGGCACAGGGACUGCUUCAUCCUCCGGCUCAAAACCGGUCAGCUCCGUAAAAGCUCCUCCCUCCGGCGGCAAAGGCGGUUCCUCGUCGGGAGUAGCAUCGGGUUCAUCCGCUGCGGCCGGCCAAGCCAUAAAGCGAGAUCUUACCCCUCGCGUAGAAGAGGCGGAUGACGAAUGAUUUCUAAUAAAUUUUUGCUUUUCUUUACUUCAUAUCUCAUACCUCGUGUGCCCCCAUUUUCUAAUUGCAGCUUUCCUCCGUUAUUCAUGGCUUUCCGGCUACGCUUGUUUUACUAUUCCUUGAUUUCUUCUUAUUUAUCUUUCCUAGUUUUCUCCCCUUGGGCCGCUCCUGAUCGCACCAUCAACUCAUAUCUUUUUACUGAAAUAAAAGGGCAUUUUGAAAAUAAAAAUUAAAUCUUUAUGGAGUUCCAUUUCCAGCAAAUAAUCGGAGUUCUUUUCUACUUUUGAAUUGUAACGUAAACGAUGCCAAGCCAUGCUGGGCACAAAC